CUUACAAUGGCAGUACCAGAAUAUAGUGACGAAGACAGUAAUGAUGUGGACAUUUAUAUGAAUCAACUUGUGAAGGAUGAAUUUAAAGUUGUUGAAGAGAGUGUUGUUGAAACGGAAAUUGAGCGCAGUACUUGUGAAGGAAACGAAUUAUCUGUUCAAAAUCUAAAGCAUGAUAAUUCUAUACCAUUCCCUGCAAAACCAAUAAGAAGAAAGACAAACCUCGCAGUUCUUUUCUGUAUUCUUGGUUGCAUAAUGAUGGUUUUUAAACGAAUCAAUUGGCAAGAAAAAUACAAGCGAAUAGGGAAGUCCAAAAUUGACAUUGAAUAUAACUUUUCUAAACAUAAAGCAAAAAUGAAAGGAUUGAUAGAACAUCCGAAGACACGUUCAUGGAUUAGCAAGUUUGUCAAAAGCCUCAAUCACAUUCCAAGGACUAUUGUGCAAACGUAUGUGUUAAACCCACAGGACUAUUGCAAUUUUAUUAAGGAACAGAAAACUGGAUUGACAUCAUCUUUAAAGGAAUCGAUGCAGUUUGAAUGGUGCAGAUUAGCAAGUUUUGCUAAUUAUCCAUAUACUAGCAUUUCAGUGAUACGACUUGCAGAAGCUGGAUUUCACUAUGAGGGAAACGCAAAUGAGGCCGUCUGUAAUUCUUGUGGAUUAAAAUAUAAAAACUGGAAGUCAAACGAUAGCCCAGUACAAAUACAUAAAGACAACGCACCUCAGUGUUCUUUUGUUGUGAUAAACUUAAACACGAUACCAAGAAACAAUGACAUACAGAUAGCAGACAUUUCUGUUGGUGCAUGUGGAAACUCCUCAGAAGCAUCAAACUUAUCAGUGAUAAGGGAGAUGGAAAAUAAAGCUGAAACAUCUUCAGCAAGUGAAAAGAAAACAAACGAAACAUAUUCAGAAAACAAUGUCGCCAAGGACCAAAAUAGAUUUACAAUAGAAAAUAAGGUUUUAGCCGGCGACGACUGCAGGUUGGAAACGGAAAACCUAGAAAACAUUUCAUUUCCCAGGAGAACAAACUGGGAGUUCCCAGCUUUUUCCCGGAACAACAUAACUGGUCUCAUUAGCAUUCCAGAAAACAACAGAGCCCUUCAGUCAUCACUUCAAUCACCGCACACACCCGACCCUGUCAAUUCACUUACCUCAAAUUUGGAGGCAGUGAGCAUGGGCGUUUGUCUAGAAAAGCCUAAAUAUCCUAAAUAUGCUAUAAGGACAACUCGAUUGUCAUCAUUUACAAAUUGGCCUUUUUACCUUUCUCAAACACCAGAUGAAUUGGUGACUGCAGGUUUCUUUUAUACCGGUAUAGAAGAUCACUGCAGAUGUUUCUUUUGUGGGGGUGGUCUGCGAAGAUGGGAAGUUGGGGAUUUGCCAUGGACAGAGCAUGCGCGGUGGUAUCCGAAAUGCCAAUUUGUAAAACAGUGUAUGGGAGAAAAGUUCAUUGAAGAUGUGCAGCAUGGAAAGGACCCUGAACAUAUUUCAAAUAGCUCACAAUCGGAAGAAAAGAUCCAGUCAAAAGGGUUAAAUGGUUUCACCAAUAAUCCAGCAGUGCAAACAAUUUUAGAAUUUGGAUAUGAACCAGAUGUAGCCAAAUCAGCUUAUACGAGCUUACAAACAGCUGGAAUUCAAGAUAUAACAGCUAGUUUGUUGUUUGAAACAAUUAAUGAAAAAGAAGAAAGAGAACAAAAGCAAUCGGCUUGUAAUCAUUCUGUUAAAAGCAGCCAUCAAUCAGCACAUUUAGUCAAAAAUCACACCCAGAAUACACCUAAAGAUGAACAAGCAAAUAUUGAUCCAGACAUUGGAUUAUCAGUAAAAUGUCUUGAAGAGGAAAAUAGGAACUUGAAAGACCAACAAACAUCCAAAUAUGUCUUGAUGAACCUGUGUCGAUCGUUUUCUUGCCAUGUGGGCACAUGGCAGCGUGUGCAACCUGUGCUCCAGCGCUAAGACGAUGUCCGAUAUGCAGAGCUCUCAUCAAAGGAACAGUUAAGGCAAUCAUGUGUUAAGAAAUUUUCCCUGAAGAAGGAUAAUCAAAGAAGUCCAUUACACUCUGCAAUGGGUGAACAUACACCCAUGAAGUAAUGUAUCCACAAAAAAUUGCAGGGCUUAUUUAUUCAUCCAAUGUAUUCCAAUGAAAUAAUUUGCAAAACUAAAGAAUGUCAAAAAGUGCGAUUUUUGAAUUCAUUCGAACUUUUAAAACAUAAGUUUAUUGAGACGUCCAGUUUCUAAAGCUUUUACCAAUUGACCCUUUUAAGCUUAAAAGGGAUAACGGUGAUAUCUUUAAUUUAUCAAAGUAUAACAAAAACACUAAUACUAAGCUAUAAAGUUAUCUGUAUAUGGCAUAUCUCAACUUUAUUCUGCAGUUUUUAGGUUUAUUUUUGUUAUAGUUUACCAUAAUGAAACUUACGUUAACUUGGAAUUUUGUAUGCAUAAGUAAAUAAAAUUGCCAUAAUUUUG